UCCCUCAGCAUGCCGGCCAGUAUGAUGAACCUAUAUGAGAACGCUUGUCUACGGUGUGGCCAGACUGUGUACCAGGUGGACCGUAUUGGGCCACUCAAAGACUUCAGCUUCUUCCACACUGGCUGCUUCAAGUGCCAGGUCUGCAACUCCAAGCUCACCCUCAAGACCUACUGCAACAACCAGGACGACCAGGAUGAUAAGGAGGUGUACUGCUCGUCACACGUGCCCAAGCCUGGCCCGGGGCACCUGGACGGAGACGCAGUGGGCAUCAGGUCGGCCCUCAACGUGCCCAAGUCUGCCCAGUUCGUCAAUGAUCAGAUACGGCCCGGAGGACGACCUUCUAUUGACGGUGAUGCUCUCGUGCUGCGCUCCCCCCACACCAGGUUACGUAUUGCUGAUAGGUCUGAUGACUUCCCCAAAUGCUACAAACAACUCAUGUCCGGAGGUGAUAUGCGUGGCUCUGUGCAGCUUCACCACUACAUUUGGUAA